CUAUUUAUUUUACAAACCGAAAGUAGGGACUGGCCUUGGUGAUUUCCUGCAGUUGAGGAUUCUCCCUGCCGGUGACACUCAGCAAUAUACAUCUAAAUGGAUCACAUACCUCGACUAUCAGAGGCUGUGUAUGUAGGACUGUGUCGAGAAGUAGGAAGUCCUACAGAAGUGAGGAUCAGGAGAGAAGUGAUGGACACUGUGGAGGCGGUGAGAAAACCUGUGAACAUUAUGAAAGGACUUGAUAGAAUGAGAAGUGGGAGUCAACGUGAGGGAUUCAGACUGAGAACUUCAGAUUCAGAUAGGAUGUUUUGGCCUCCAGACCACCAAGUGAUAUGUGAUCUCUCUCAGAUCAGCCUUUAUCGUAUCGCUCAACACACCGUUAUCAUGAUAGAGUGUGAUGAUUUACCACCGGGAUUUACCAGACUAAAGCUAAUGAGUCCAUCAAAUGAUGAAAAAGUUAGAUCCUCCUGUAUAUAGAUCAAUAAUAACGUGUAUAUAUCUAGUAAAUUAUUCCGCAAUAAUCACUUAGAGUUCCUACAGUCUUAUAAUUUCGCCCCUUCUUCUAAAUCGCAUGGUCCUUGUGCUACAUAUUGUCAGGAUGGAAUAUUAGAAGCAGAUUGUGCAUUCUGUUUCAGUUCCCAUCACUGGCCCUCAUUAGCUUUUCCAUGGAUACAAAGAUGUCAUCAACAAGGUUGGCCGUCUAAGACUGUUUUAUCAGAUAUAUUCAAAGGAGGAUUCCAUCUUGUUCCUAUAGGCAGCACUGUUGAAAGUAUACUAGAAUGGAGAAUUUCAUUCUCUUUGGCGGAACAAAAACUAGUUUAUUCAAUGAACCACACUCAGUUUUUAUGUUAUGGUCUUUUAAAAAUGUUUUUAAAAGAAGUGAUUAAUUCAAAUGAAGAUUCACCCAUUCUAUGUUCAUACUUCACAAAAACUGCUGUAUUUUGGGUAAUUCAAUAUAACAGCUCCUUGACUUGGACACCUGAAAACAUUUUGCCUUGUUUAUGGGAAUGCUUUAAAUUAUUAAUAUAUUGGGUAUUUACUGGAGAAUGCCCGAACUUUUUUAUUCCACAAAACAAUAUGUUCCAAUUUAAAUUAACUGGAUCCAUACAAACAUCAUUGUUUAAUAAGUUGUAUGAAUUGUAUUGUAAGGGUAUAUCAAGUCUACUACUGAGUGAAACGUUAAGACCUUUCCUCAGUCAAGCCAUUCUAAACAGAACAUUGAGAGUCUGUACUGACGAGAGCAGUAUCAUUACUAACACUGAACUUGACAGUAGUUUAUUUGAGGAAUUCCGUGUAUAUAAACAAGAAGUUUUAAGUGUUGUAGAAUUUGCAGCUCUCAUGAAGAACAUUGAAAUAGAGAUAAGAAAAAGGUUGACCCCAUACCAGGAGGCUACAGUACAAAUUAUGACAUCAGGCAUAUUACGUAACACCGCCAUGCUGAAACUGUGUAAUGUAUAUCAACAUAAAAAUCGUAAUAAGGUUUAUUACACAGCUAAUUACGUAUUCCGAUUGUUAAAACUGUCAUGUACAUUAGGUUGUGUCUCAGAUAUUUUAUAUCUUGCAAUGUAUUAUUACAAAACAUGUAGAUUUGAACAGUCACUUAGUUGUUUGCAAAAAGCUCAGGACAGAAUGACAAAUCCAUGCAUCAUAUAUUGUAAUCAUGUAAAUGUAGAUAUGUACACACGCUGCACAGUGGGGAUGUCUCUGAAUCAUAAAAUGAGAAUCGCUUUAGUUGUAGAUAUUGUGUUAAUUAGUGAGUACACAUACAUUGAUGAAAUAAUUCUGGAGCAGAAGAUCAGUGACGAGAAUGGCAGAAGUGUAUUGUCCAUUCCACCUCUAGUGAUGUUACACAUGUUGUUUAUACUGAAUCACCACAGAUUGGGUGACAAAAUCAGGUCACAACAAUCUCUACAGGAUCUACACACUCUACUACUCUAUGAUGAUGGGGUUUAUGUACCAUAUCACCUAAGAGACAUUUCGUGGCAAAUCCUGGGAAUCUGUCAACAAAUCUGUGGGGACUUCCCGGGAGCCCUAGAAUCUUAUCAACAUUCGUUACAACAAGAUCCAUAUCACAAGAUUCAGGAAGCAACGCUGUAUAGAGUGGGCACAAUUACUCAAUGAGUGAUUUGUAAAUAACAGUUUAAAAGUGGUUACUACACAUCUAUAUUUAGCAUUGCAAUUUUUGAAAGUGGUAUUAAAUGUUAAUAAAAUAAUACAUUCCAUUUCUAAUUUGAAAUUUUUAUAAUUUUCUUUUUCUAAUUAGGUUUGUUAAAUAUGUAAUA